GACUCCUUGUCCCGCCAUCGUGGAGCCCAUGGAGCCACCUGGUGACGAGGAAGGCCUUCCUGAGAAGCUGGUACCGAAAAUUCCCAAGUACCACAAGGAGCGAGAGCAGCAGCCACGCUUCGCCCAGCCGGGAACCUUUGAGUUUGAGUACACGUCUCGCUGGAAGGCUCUGGAUGAGAUGGAGAAGCAGCAGAGAGAGCAGGUGGACAAAAACAUCAAAGAGGCCAAAGAGAAGCUGGAGGCUGAGCUGGAGUCUGCUAAACAUGAACACCAGCUGAUGUUAAUGAGACAAGAUUUAAUGAGACGUCAGGAGGAACUCAGAAGAUUGGAGGAGCUUCGCAACCAGGAGCUGCAGAGACGAAAACAGAUAGAAAUGAUGCAUGAYGAGGAGAGGAGGAGGAGGGAGGAAGAGAUGAUGAGGCACAGAGAGCAGGAGGACAUGAGGCGUCAGCCUGAUGGCUUCAAACCAAACUACCAUGAAAACAGGGAACAGGAAAUGAGAGUGGGUGAGCUGGGUCCUCGAGGAGCCGUUAAUAUAGGAGAUGGGUAUAACCAGGCCUCUGCAGGACCCAGUGGUAACCAAGGUCAGAUGAUGGGCAUGAGUGGAAGGGGCGGAGCCAUCAUCCCAGAAGGAACUGCAAAUAUGGGCAUGCCAUUGACGUCAGAGAAUGGAUCUUUGCGAAGCGAUCGAUACCCUCAAGGUGGACCGAUGGGGGGUCGACAGGAGGURGAGUCCCCAAAGCAACAUCAGCCCUCCUUGGGGCCACAGCUCGGACCAAAUCCAGGAUUUGGCAGGGGCAGUCCAGUUGGCGGCGUCUUCGAUGGCCCAAACAGCAAGCGGCGCCGAUUUUAACUUCUCACACUUCCCAUAAAUGUGACUCCAUCACCGUUAUUUCCUGGUUUUACAACAGACCUCCUGUUGACCUGACACCUCUGUAUCUGUAUCUUUGGUGGAUGAAAUGACUUUUAUCUAACAUCUGCACUGUAUUUUUUUAUUUUUACUCUUUUUCUUGUUUAAACGAAACAGUUUGUUUGUGUUUUGAAUGUGGACUUAUAUUAUACCCUGAGAACUCCUCGUGGGUGGUCGUCUGUACAGUGGCUGGUAUCAGCUUUUAUUCUCUUUGUUACAUAAACUUCAGGAUGGAUCGAUUACAGAAAAGAAACAAACAGUAUUUAUUUUUGGAAAUGAUGUAGCGGUCAGCACUGUUGUGGAUAUUCAACAAAUCUUGAGAGUAUUUUACACACAAAAUAACUGGACUUGUUUUAAGUUGUGUCCACAGAUGAGGAMCUAUUUGAGCUGUAAAUUUUAAGACGAUCCUUGCUCCCUGAUAAAU